UCGUGGAAAUACAGAAAGGGGGGGAUAAGGAUUUGCAGCAAAGGAGGACUCGUGAAAAAUCUUCAAAAUUUCUCUAAUAAACCCCAAAUCGGUUUGGCAAUUGCAAGAAGAUUUAGGAACUUUGGAAGGAUCAAAAAACAUUCCUCAGAGGUUCAGGAAGCCAUCCCAAUCAAUUCACAGGCCUAAGGCGCUCAGAAUCACCAUCACUACCAUUCACGGUUUGCACAGAAAUUUGGAAUUCAAUCAUGCUCAUACACUUGUUAUAAAUCAUGUUUGAAUACAUAUUCUUGAUUGUGAUGAUGUUUAGAAUCUAUUUGUAUCAUUUAAUUUGUGUUUAAUCGCGAAUUAUAGAUUGUGCCAUAGUUAGGGUUACAAGUUCUGAGUUUGGGGAAACUGGAUUGUACUCGAUUUCCGACCAAAUCAAGGGUUCCAUUGCAUUCGUAAGGACGUAUAGGUUCGAUCUGGGCUUUGGUAUAGUAUUUAUUGGUUUCGAUUUGCAGGUUUUGAACAUCGUGACAUAGAGCCACGCAAAAAACCGUGGCCAUAAGUUGUGUUGCGUUUUUGCAGAAAAACAAAGGUUGAAGAAGACGGGUCCUUGGCUGGGCGCGAGUUCUUCUUGUUUCAAAUUUUAGCGUUUUAUUUUCAUAUAUAUUAUUUGUGAAGUGCAUGUUAAGCAGCGAAAGACAUAAGGCUCGAUGGUAAGUGGGAGGCGCUAGUGACACUGAGGGGAGGGGUUCGAUCCCCAGCUUCCACGCUCCCUGCUAUUAUUUUUCAUCAAAAGCAUGACUCAAAGAUCCAGCACUCCUCACCAAUCAGAGCGCGUGGUACUCCUCACGUAUCCACCAUUGGAUCAACACCAACUCCAGAUCUGACGACUAUGAAGAUGCAACACACCAUGGAUCCCCAAGGACUCCAUCACACCAGAUACAGCUGAGUCUCUCUUUUAUUUUAAUUUUUAUUUUCCUUUUUUCUUUUAUUACAUAACUUGUUUCUUUAUUAUAUCUAUGUCACUUGCUAAAAACUCUUUCAAAAGGAAAAUACAAUUCUUGAUUAAUGCUUCUCUCUUUUCUAAAAACAUUAUAAAAAUAGUUAUUAUAUUUUUUUUACUAAAUAAUUUGUUUUAAUUUGUUUCAAAGUAAGUUAUUUUAUUGGUUUAAUUAGUUAUAAUUAUUUUACCAAUGGAUUAAAAUAUACAUUAGAAUUAGGCAAUUUAACCGAAACUCGAUUUCCACCGAUUUAAUUAAUUGGGUUGAAAAUCAACAAUUAAUUUAUUUUUAUUCUAUUAAUUAUGGUUAACUUGUACCCUAAUUAAGGUUUACGAAGAUCGGGCGUACACUGAAAAACAUUUGUGUAUUUUCCUUUUCAGGGUCAUUAUCAGAUAUCUCCCGAUCAUGUGUCUUGCACUCUACGAAGCUAAGUCUUAAUUUCUUUUAUCUAAAUAUUUGUUUGCCUAAUUUUCUAUUUAAUUAGGGUUUAGUGCCUUCGUCAAUAGAAUUCCUCCUACACUUAUACUUUUGCCAAUUCUCUGAUGAUCAGGUUCAAUGCUUAAAGCUCGAGGCGAACCUUUGUCCAUCAACCUUCCAAUCGAAGCUAAGUAUUCAAUUUAAUUUUUAGGUUUAUUUUGUUUCCCUUUUAUUUUUAGGGUUUACCCUUUAAAAUCUAUCUGAACUGUGUAUACACUCAUCUAUUUUUAUCUGCCUUUGCCUUGCCUCUUUCAGGGUUAACCUUGAGGCUUCCCCCGACUAUGAACCAUAUCAGAUCAAAUCAAAAAGCUAAGUCCUUUUCAUAUUUAUCUUUUUAAUUUUCUUUUGUUUAUUUAUUUAUUAAAUUAGAGUUAACGUCAAAGAAUCGAUAUCGAUAAUGCACUCACGCCUUCCUGUUUAUUUACCUUUUCCAAUUUUUCAGGGUUUGCUAAACGCCAAAGCUUCGCAUAGUCGGAAAUAUAUAAAGAGUAUGCAUAAUUCAGUGCUCAGAAGCUUUGUCUCAAGGGUUCAGCAUGCAACAUCAGAACAUGGUCUGGCAAGACAUCAGAAGAUGGUCGAAGCAGAAUCAGAACAUGGGUCUAUGGAAGCAUCAGAAGAACAUGAGAUCAGAAGCACUGAAGUUCUGAUGGUAUCACGCACAGAAGCACUUCAAGGUCAGAAGAUCAGAAGAUGCUUUGCACCAAGCUGUUUGACUCUGAUGAUAUUCAAACGUUGUAUUCACAAACAUCAGAUCAGAAGGAAGUACAAGUGGCAAGCUACGCUGACUGACAAAAGGAACAUUAAAAGCUAUUAAAGGCAACGUCAGUAGACACAGCGUGAACAAGGCUCGAGGUAGUUGACAAAAGCGUAUAACAUUAAAUGCGAUGCUGUACGGAACACGCAAAGCAUUAAAUGCACUCAACGGUCAUUUUCUCCAACGCCUAUAAAUAUGAAGUUCUGAUGAGAAGCAAGGUUAACGAUUCUGAACAAAACAACUCAUAUUAACUUGCUGAAACUCUGUUCUAUUCAAAGCUCAGAAUCUUCAUCUUCAUCAAAGCUCACUACAUUGCUGUUGUAAUAUAUUAGUGAGAUUAAGCUUAAACGUUAAGAGAAAUAUCACAGUUUGUGAUUAUAGCUUUUAAGAAGCAAUUGUAAUACUCUUAGAAUUGAUUACAUUAAGUUGUAAGGAACUAGAGUGAUCGUGUGGAUCAGAAUACUCUAGGAAGUCUUAGAGGUUAUCUAAGUAGGUUGUAACUAGAGUGAUCGUGUGGAUCAGAAUACUCUAGAAAGUCUUAGAGGGUAUCUAAGCAGUUGUUCCUGGAGUGAUCAGUGUGUGAUCAGAAGACUCUGGAAGACUUAGUUGCUGACUAAGUGGAGAACCAUUGUAAUCCGUGCGAUUAGUGGAUUAAAUCCUCAGUUGAGGUAAAUCAUCUCUGCGGGGGUGGACUGGAGUAGUUUAGUUAACAACGAACCAGGAUAAAAAUAACUGUGCAAUUUAUUUUUAUCGGUCAAGUUUUUAAAGCUACACUUAUUCAAACCCCCCCUUUCUAAGUGUUUUUCUAUCCUUCAAUUGGCAUCAGAGCGCCGGUUCUAAGGUGCAAGCACUUAACCGUGUUUAGAAAAGAUUCAGGAAGAGAAAAACGCUUCAGUAAAAGAUGGCUGAUGAAACUGCAAAGUCUACAUCUACAUCUGGCUCUGCUGAGCAACACAACGGUAACAAUGGUUAUACUAGACCGCCGGUAUUUGAUGGUGAAAACUUUGAAUACUGGAAAGAUAAACUGGAAAGUUACUUUCUUGGUCUAGAUGGUGAUCUAUGGGAUCUUCUGAUGGAUGGUUACAAACAUCCGGUAAAUGCCAGUGGCGUAAAGCUGACAAGGCAAGAAAUGAGUGAUGAUCAGAAGAAGCUUUUCAGGAAUCAUCAUAAAUGCAGAACUGUUUUGCUGAAUGCUAUCUCUCAUGCUGAGUAUGAGAAGAUAUCUAACAGGGAAACGGCCUAUGAUAUAUAUGAGUCCUUCAAAAUGACUCAUGAAGGAAAUGCUCAAGUCAAGGAGACUAAAGCUCUCGCUUUAAUCCAGAAGUAUGAAGCCUUCAAGAUGGAGGAUGAUGAAGACAUUGAAAAGAUGUUUUCAAGAUUUCAAACUCUUACUGCUGGAUUGAGAGUUCUUGACAAGGGAUACACCAAGGCUGAUCACGUAAAGAAGAUCAUCAGAAGCUUACCCAGAAGAUGGGGUCCUAUGGUGACCGCAUUUAAGAUUGCGAAGAAUCUAAAUGAAGUCUCUUUGGAAGAGCUGAUCAGUGCCCUGAGGAGUCAUGAAAUUGAACUGGAUGCAAACGAGCCUCAAAAGAAAGGUAAGUCUAUUGCAUUAAAAUCCAAUAUCAAGAAAUGCACUAACGCUUUUCAGGCUAGAGAAGAAGAUCCUGAAGAAUCAGAAUCUGAAGAAGAAGAUGAACUGUCCUUGAUCUCCAGAAGGCUAAAUCAACUCUGGAAGAACAAGCAAAGGAAGUUCAGAGGCGUCAGAAGUUCAAAGAAAUUUGAACGUGGAGAAUCUUCUGAUGACAGAAGAUUUGACAAGAAGAAGGUCAUGUGCUAUGAAUUCAAUGAGCCUGGACACUUCAAGAAUGAAUGUCCAAAACUUCAGAAGGAAAAUCCCAAGAAGAAGUUUCAUAAGAAGAAAGGUCUUAUGGCAACCUGGGAUGAGUCAGAAGAUGAUUCAGACUCUGAAGAUGAGCAGGCUAACUGUGCGCUGAUGGCGACAGAAGAUGACGGAUCAGAAUCUACAUCAGAAUCAGAUUCUGAAGAGGUAUUUUCUGAACUUACUAGAGAUGAGUUAGUUUCCGGUCUAACAGAACUUCUGGAAUUCAAGUCUCAGAUUAGUCUCAAAUACAAAAAGCUGAAAAAGCUAUUUGAAUUUGAAACAAAGAAGCUUGAGUUAGAGAAUUCUGAAUUAAAAGAAAAACUUUUAAAAUUAUCCAAUAAUGUUGGAUCUCCUUCUGAUUCAGAAAAAUCCACUCCUAGUCUAAACCAUAUUCUGAAAGAAUAUGAUUUAAGUUUCAGGAAGUUCUUAUCUAGAAGUAUUGGCAGAAGUCAGCUAGCUUCUAUGAUAUAUGCUGUGUCUGGAAACAAAAGAGUCGGCAUUGGUUUUGAGGGUGAAACCCCAUACAAACUUGAACCUGUUGAUGAAAUGAAAUUCACAUACAAGCCAUUGUAUGAUCAGUUCAAGUAUGGCCACUCCCAUGAUAUUAGGCACACUUCACAUGCUCAAAGUUUUCACAUUACACACACUAAGAAGCAUGUGACACAACCUAGGAAAUAUCAUGAAACUCACAUUAAGAAUUAUCAUGUUGUUCCUCCUAUUGCUUACAAUGUUAAACCCAAGUUCAAUCAGAACUUGAGAAAAUCUAACAAGAAAGGACCCAAGAAAAUGUGGGUACCUAAGGAUAAGAUUAUUCCUAUUGCAGAUAUCCUUGGCUGCAAAAAGGACAAAGCACAACAUGUCGUGGUACCUGGACUCUGGAUGCUCACGACACAUGACAGGAAGAAGGUCUAUGUUCCAAGACCUGGUGCUUAAGUCUGGAGGAGAAGUCAAGUUUGGAGGAGAUCAGAAGGGCAAGAUAAUUGGCUCUGGAACUAUAA